AUGACCGAACAAAGUACCCCGCUGUGGUUGCAGGACCGCGACGCAGUGAUUGCACAGACGCCCGCGCACAUGUGGCGCCUGGGCAAGCCCACAUACAAGUUCACAGACAGAAGGCUCAACCGCGAGCGCCAGGUGCACUUCGAGCCCGGCAGCCUGGGGGACCUGGUGACCAACCUGGCGCGUGUGUUCGAGAUGGAGGCCACCAACAAGGCGAACCCCGACGACUGGAUCUCGGUGGACCCUCGCGUGUUCAGGAUGACCGUCAACGGCAGCCGCGAGUACACGGUGCAGGAUAUCGUGACCAAGGGAGGCUACAACGUGUUUCUCGGCGACCUGCCCAACUACAAGGCGUCCGAGAGCGACUACGCGAAGUCCGAGGACGCGUUCCACAAGGCCUUCCGCACCGGGUUUCUGUGGGAGAUCCUGACGCUGGAGGCCGAGCUGCCGGUCGCGACGUUCACGUGGCGCCACUGGGGGCAGCAGAACGGCGUGUUCAACGGGCACAAGGGCGACGGCAGCGUGCUGGACAUCAAGGGCACCACGCGCGCCACCCUCAACGACAAGCUGCAGCUGGUGCGCCUCGAGCACACCUUCGACGCCCCGGGCAUGAUCGACACGCUGUCGGGCGUGUGCCCAAUGGCUCACUGA